AUGAGUAAGAAAAUUCCAAAGUCGGUAUCAAUCUCCACUGCUGAUGCUGCACGUAUUCAAAGCGUCUCUAAUCAGAAAAGCUGCGCUCAACAGCGACGAAAUUUGGAAGUGAACACCAUCAUUUGGCUUGACUUAAACGUUAGUUCUACAAACGAUAAUUUGAGUGCAAAAGUUCGUCUGCGUCAAGCAAUAAAUCACUUUGAAACUUUCGAGGAUAAGCAAAAGUGUAUCGAUCACAUAGUGUCACUUGAAUCAGAGAAAAUAUACUUUAUCAUAUCUGGCUCGUUAGGCGAAUCUGUUGUGCCACUGAUUCAUGACAAACCACAAACAGAAGCAAUUUACGUGUUUUGCUUCAAUAAAGCGAAACACGAAGAGUGGGCUAAACGCUACCAGAAAGUAUGUGCUGUUUCGACGAACAUCGAUGAUAUCUGUGAUCAACUAACGAAAGAUGUGGCAGUUAGCUCCAAUAAUCUUGUGUCUAUGACAGCUGUGUCACCGAACACGAAUGGUAAAGAAAUAAACAAACAAGAAGCAUCAUUCAUGUAUUUCCAAUUACUUGUCAAUAUUUUAACUCACUUCGCUCACAAAGACUCAACAAAACAAGAACUGAUUGAUUUGUGUCGAAUGGUCUAUGCAGGCAAUAACAAAGAAGUAAAUGCCAUCCACCAAUUUCAUAAAGCGUAUUCGAAAGAGCAAGCAAUAGAGUGGUACACGAAAGAAUGUUUUCUCUACCGAAUGCUAAAUAAAGCAUUACGAACACAAGACAUUGACAUGUUAUUCAAGCUCGGCUUUUUCAUCCAAGACCUUCACGAGGAGCUUCGCAAUCUGCAAAUCUCAUCGACUACUCGUCUCGGAAGAACGAUCACUGUUUAUCGUGGACUAGGGAUACCCAACAAGGAGUUCGAAAGUUUACAAAACAAAGUAGGAGGACUUUUGUCGAUGAACAGCUUCUUGUCAACAAGUGUUCAAGAAGCCGUUGCACCGCGCUUUGCUCGCAGCUCAUUAGGAAGAUCAAAUACUAUGCCAGUUUUGUUUGAAAUGGUGGUUGACACCGAGAAAUGUAGACAACCAUUCUCAAAUAUAGACACAGUGAGUGACUUUAGUGCAGAAAAUGGAAUUUUAUUUUCGAUGGGCACCGUGUUUCGGAUUGUCUCCAUAAAGAAGCUGAAGAAAGAAGAUGUUUGGAAUGUUAAAUUAGAACUGAAUGGAGACGAAGACAUAGAGUUAAGCGUGUUGACAAACCAUAUGACGCGUGAACUUGGUGAAUCGAAUAACUUGAACACCCUGGGUAUGCUGCUGAUCAAAAUGGGUGAAAAUAGCAGAGCACAGCAAUAUUUCCAAAUGUUGCUCGCUGACACCUCGCUAGAUCAAAGUGCUCAUGCAUUAGCACUUAAUAACCUCGGAACAGUUUACAAGAAUCAAGGUGAUUAUGAGAAAGCAUUGAAAUCUUAUGAAAAGUCUCUUGAGAUCUAUUUGGUUUCACUUCCACCAAAUCACCCUGAUAUUGCAACAACAUAUAAUAACGUCGGACUGGUUUAUGACAAUCAAGGUGAUUAUGAAAAAGCAUUGAAAUCUUAUGAAAAAUCUCUUGAGAUCUAUUUGGUUUCACUUCCACCAAAUCACCCUGAUAUUGCAACAACAUAUAAUAACAUCGGAGUGGUCUACCGCCAUCAAGGUGAUUAUGAGAAAGCACUCAAAUAUUAUGAAACAUCUCUUAAAAUUAGAUUGAUUUCCCUUCCACCAAAUCACCCUGAUAUUGCUAGAACAUAUAAUAACAUCGGAGUAGUUUAUGACAAUUGUUAG